UGAAAGUUGCCCAUAUAUAGCACUGCUCAGUCGGGGCAGCAUACGUGCUUGAUGUACGACACCAUGCAAAUAAUGCUUGCCGUUAUUGCACUCCUACGACUUAUGAUGUGCUGCUAUGCAGCAAAAGAACUUCAUGUAUAUCCUCGUAUAUUACAAGAGCGUACGACAGCUGGAAAGUUGGUUCUUCAGCUUAACGAGAAGAUGACGCUCAAUCUUGAAAGGAGCACCGUACUGGCUGACAACCUCGUCUUUGUUACAAAUAGCAAAGAUCUAAACGAGGUGGAAACAGUACAGACAUCUCAUAUUCAAGAGAUUAUAUACCAUGAUGCACAUUACCAAUCCUCUGUAACGGUACGACAGAAAGAUGGCAACGUGGCAGUCGAAGGUAUCAUCAAUGACAACCUGAGAAUUAAACCUCUCCCAGAAGUCGAACGUUCAUUGGAAGGUCAGAUGUUGCACAAGAUAUACGAAGUAGAUAUCAAAGAAAAUUUCAUCAGUGCGGAGUCGGAAAUUCUACGCCUGAAGGAGGGUAACAAGCACAGGAAUAGCAAUGGCAACCGUGAGGACCGAAUCUCUCCCUCCAAAACACAAGUAUCUGGGUCGACCGCUGAAAGAUUUCCCGUGGAGCUUCACAUAAUUUCCGACAAAGAGCACCAACGAAGUUUUAAGACGAAUGAAGAGUUAAUCACUUACUUGGCAGUCAUGGCAAAUGCGGUGAACUUAAGGUACCUGGAGAUGGCUGACCCUAAAAUAAACUUCCUUCUAGUUGGAGUAACCAGGGCUAAGGAUCACGAUUUCGCCAAAAAUGACGAUGGCAAAAUUGAGGCCGGGGAGAUGUUGGAUGGGUUAGAACGUCACAAAAAAGAAGGAAGAGUACCAGGGAACCAUGACGUUGUGUACCUUAUGACCGGGCUUGAUAUGAUCACUUUUAAACGUGGAAAACUGAACAAGGGUAUUUCAGGACGUGCAUAUUUGAGCAACGUCUGCCGUGAAAGAGGAAUCGGCGAGGGUGAAGACACGGCCCCUACCUACUCCGGAGUCAAUACGCUAGCCCACGAGCUAGCCCAUUCGUUAGGGUCACCUCAUGACGAAACCCCAGAGUGUCCGUGGGCCGAGGGAUAUCUUAUGAGUUACGUGGACGGAGGACUAAAGAAGUACAAGCUUUCCGCGUGCAGCCAACAGACGAUUAGACAAAAUGUGAAAAAACUUUCGCAAGAAUGCUUUAGUGUCCUGAGCGAGAAGAACUAUAUGACCGACCACAAGAAAUUUCCAGGACAAACAGUGCGAGCGCAGUAUGUCUGCAAGAAGCUAAUAAAGAAACAGGCAAAAGGAAGAAAAGUCUUCGCACAAAAGACUCCAGAUUGUCAACUCGGCUGCUGCUAUCACGAUUUUGGUACUACCACUUGCUGGCGAUACAAAAAACUGGAUGGUAUGUCAUGCAUGCCUGGCAAGACUUGCAAGAGAGGAGUUUGUGGAGAACACGAAUGGGCUGGCUAAAAAAAUGUGCUUUUCUUAAUACUGAAGUGAAAAUUUGGGAUUCGGAAAGAAAAUAAAGAAGGUGCAUUGCAUUAUUAUAUUUUGGCGCAUUUCAUUGAGACUGGUCUGGAGCA